AUGGCUUCGAUUGCACCACUUACUUCCAAGGUACAGUACACUGCUUCCCCGCGCUGUGCCCCUUCCCCGCGCUGUGCCCCUUCCCCGCGCUGUGCCCCUUCCCCGCCCUGUGCCCCUUCCCCGCCCUGUGCCCCUUCCCCGCCCUGUGCGCCCCUUCCCCGCCCUGUGCCCCUUCCCCGCCCUGUGCCCCUUCCCCGCCCUGUGCCCCUUCCCCGCCUGUGCCCCUUCCCCGCCCUGUGCCUCCCGAAGUUUCGAGUCAGUGUCCAUUGCUUUCACGUCCUUCCCUUCCACCUCACCCAUCCUCCUUUUUUCCACCCGCUUUUCCUCCCUCUAUUUCUCCCCACCUCCUCCUUUCCUCCCUCGUUUCCUCCCCUCUUCCCUGCGCUCCUCCUCCCCACUUGUGCAGACACGGCAGAGCGACUGGCGUCAGAAGGGUAUGGCGUGUAUGGGAUCGACUUCGAAGGGCAUGGCAGUGGUCCCCAUGUCAUCCUCCCUGCUCACACCUCCCUGCUCUUCAGAUCUGACGGGCUCAGCGUGUUCAUUCCUGACUUCAACACCCUAGUCAACGACAGCAUUGCAUACUUUGCUCCCAUACGGGAGCGACCGGAGCACAAGAGCAUACCCAAGUUCAUGUGUGGGGAAUCAAUGGGCGGGGCAGUGGCGAUUUGCAUCCACCGCAAGCAGCCCGACCAAUGGGACGGCGCCAUUUUCAUGGCUCCCAUGUGCAAGAUCUCAGCCAAGGUACAGCCACCAGCGAUCCUGGUGCGGCUAUUGAAGGGCCUGGCAUAUGUGAUACCCACGUGGCAGAUAGUGCCCUCAGCUGACAUCGUCACCUCCGCCAUUCGCUGCCCAGAGAAGCUGAAGAAGAUAGCAGCGAGCCCAUACACCUACCGCGCUCGCCCGCGCAUGCGAACAGCCCUCACCAUGCUGCACGCCAGCCAAGACGCAGAGGCCUCCCUCCCGUCCAUCUCCCUGCCCUUCCUGUUGCUCCACGGAGACGCCGACACUGUCACUGAGCUGGACGGUAGCCAGGCGUUUUAUGAAAAGGCAAGGAGUGAGGACAAGACGUUGAAGGUGUAUGAGGGUGCAUGGCACCUGCUGACUGAAGGGGAGCCUGAGGAGACUGUGGAGAAGGUGCUGCGGGAUAUGAUUGGCUGGCUAGACGAGAGAAGUCAACGAAGGUCAAGCGAGUAA